AUGACUUCCAGGCUCGACCGACUUGUCACGCUACUGGAGACUGGCAGUACUCCUGUAAUUCGGAAUACUGCAGCCCAGCAACUGGCUGAUGUGCAGAAGCAACAUCCAGAUGAGUUAUUUAAUCUAUUAGGCCGCAUUGUCCCCUAUCUCAGGUCUAAAUCAUGGGACACCCGCACAGCUGCUGCCAAAGCCAUCGGCCUUGUCGCAGCAAAUGCUGAGCAGUAUGACCCAAAUGCAGACGACGGCUUAACAAUCAAAGAACCAGAGGAUGCCGACGAUGUGGAAAUCAAAUCAGAAGUCAAAGAAGAGGAACGGACACCUACCUCAGAUGACUUGCUGCGGUUGGAGACUCUUGACAUCGGGUCAAUCCUGAAGUUUGGUAGGAAACUACUCGGCAGCGCAGGCAAGGAAUAUGAGUAUACCAUCGGCGGGAUGGAUCCAGCUGCAAGGUUGCAACACCAAAAGAAAACCCUAACAGCGCGUCUCGGCCUGGCUGGGGAGUAUCUUGACGAUGACUUGGUUGACGAGGCCGAUUUUACGUCUGCUCCCAAAAGCGAAAAGCCUGUUCCAAUCCCAUCGCGGCAAAACAGCAUGAUGAACGGAUCUUCUAAUGAAUCUUUGAAUGGAGAAGAGUCAGGUCUUAGUAAACGCCAAUUGAACCAGCUGAAACGCAAAAACAAACAAAACGCGAAGCUUGGAGCCAACAAAGUGAGAGUCGUCGACCUGUCUUCACGGAAACCGUCAGAUAGUCUGGCGACGCCUUCUGUUGCAACUCCAUUCCACCUGAAGUCCGAGCCCGGAGAGGACGAAGCCGAGAAGAAGCCUGAUUAUUUUUCUCUCGAGCGAUCCAGUGUUGACGAUGAUAGCAAAAUCGUUUCAGAGUUCAAAGGGCCCAUUGUUCCGGAAAAACCCGUCAUCCAGACUGAAGCCGAGGAGCAGGGCAAGGAGUGGCCUUACGAACGCAUGUGCGAAUUUCUGAUCGUAGACCUUUUCGACCCGAACUGGGAAAUCCGUCACGGUGCGGCAAUGGGUCUGCGAGAAGUGAUUCGAGUGCAAGGAUCGGGUGCUGGCCGUCAGCUAGGUAAAUCCAGGAAGGAAAACGACUUGCUAAAUCGGCAAUGGCUGGAUGACUUGGCGUGUCGUCUGCUCUGCGUGUUUAUGCUCGACCGGUUCGGUGAUUACAUCUCUGAUAAUGUGGUUGCGCCUAUUCGCGAAACCGUUGGCCAGACCUUGGGUGCUGUGCUUGCCCAUUUACCGUCGCAAUCGGUCGUCCAAGUGUACCGAACUCUGCACCGCAUCAUCAUGUUAAGGGACCUUGGGCUUGAAAGGCCUAUUUGGGAAGUGUGUCAUGGUGGUAUGAUCGGCCUGAGGUAUUUGGUAGCAGUCCGAAAAGAGCUAUUGAUCAAGGAUGCCCAAAUUAUGGACGGCGUAUUAGAGGCAGUGAUGAAGGGACUAGCAGAUUUUGACGACGAUGUACGAGCCGUUAGUGCAGCCACCCUAAUACCCAUCGCUGAAGAGCUGGUCAAAUCGCGACAAGGCUCUCUGAGCGCUCUCAUCAAUAUCGUAUGGGAUUGUCUGUCGAAUUUACAAGACGAUCUGAGCGCUAGUACUGGUUCCGUCAUGGACUUGCUAGCCAAACUGUGCACGUUCCCAGAGGUUCUAGAGGCCAUGAAAGCUAACGCUGCUGAUGACCCUGAAUCGUCUUUUGCAAAUCUUGUGCCUCGCCUAUACCCCUUCUUGCGACAUACUAUUACUAGUGUUCGACUAGCGGCCCUGCGAGCACUUACCACAUUUCUUCGUCUUGAGGAUCAUGAUUCAAAUGCUUGGGUAGACGGUAAAGCUAUGCGCUUGAUCUUCCAGAACCUGUUGGUUGAGCGAAAUGAGGGCGCUCUCAGGCUUUCACUCGAGGUCUGGUACGAUUUGAUCAAGGCACUGGAUACUCGCAAUCUCUUCACAGCCGAGGCGCUAGGCUCAUCAGUUCAGCCUCUGAUCACAUUAGCAAUGGGUCCAUUCGGUGUUCCUCGUUACCCGAUCCCGAUGAAUGCCUCCUUAUUCAUCAAACCGUCUGGUGUGGCGUAUGCAUUCUCUCAUCCUCAAACACCAGGCAGAAAGUCCAGUCCGGCCAAUGUAUCAGAGUCGGCCAAAGGCCGACGUAGGAAGUCUGAGAAAAAAGAAGUCCCUCCUCCUUCCGCGCAUAACGUUGACGGUCAUAUGCUAUCAGGAGACAUUGACUUGGUCGGAUUGGAUACUAUGAUUCGAUCCAAGAUAUUUGCCGCUCAAGCCCUCGGUCAAUUCUUGUUCAUGUGGGACUCAAAAUAUUUGCCUUCACUCUGGCAGCCUAUUGUUGGUGGACUUACCAUGUCUGCAUCCUCGUCUCAACUCGCAGCUGCCAUGAUUAUUGAAGAGUACGCUAAGCGAGCGGGUCCCGACAGUAAAUAUACGUCCUUGCUGUGCGAAAACUUGCGUCCCAUUGUCGAGGCCGAUCGUCCUGGCUGGUACAGCGAUAUAGCUUGCUACCUACAGAUCACCCGAGCACAAUGCCAUUCUCUACUCAACGCUUUCAGAGACCAUGCACAUGUACCUUCCGGACGUCUACCGACAUUAGCUGUUGUCGUACAAGGUGACCCCGAAGCUGGACCCAACGCAUUUUCGAUCCAAGACGCCGAAAAAGUUGUAGGCCCGGAUUUUGAACGUCUUAAGAAGAGUCUGACUCCAGCCCAGCGUGUCACUGCUCUCCAGGUCUUAAAUGAUACAAGAUCGAGUGCCGAGUCUUCUAUUGAGGAGGCAAGGAAUAUCAAGGACCAGAGAGACAUGCGUAUCCGCGCUGCGACAGCUGGCGCCCUGGUUGCUUUACACGACAUCCCCAAGAAACCGAGCAACAUCAUCAAAGCAAUGAUGGAUAGCAUCAAGAAAGAGGAUAACAGCGAACUACAACAGCGUUCUGCCUCGGCCAUUGUUGACCUCAUCGCUUUCUAUACGACGGCUACGAAGAGAGGUCCAGUCGACAAGAUCAUAGGCAAUCUCGUCAAAUAUUGUUGUGUUGAUACAUCGGAGACGCCGGAGUUUCACCAUAAUGCCCACCUUGAAAAGUCAAUUCUUUCGCUCAGGAAAGAGGAAGACCGCAGAGAUCAUGUCGAUGCAGACAAGUUUGAGCGCGAAGCUCGGCACGCCAGAAUUAUGCGACGCGGAGCUAAGGAGGCGCUUGAGCAGUUAGCCACAAAAUUCGGCAGUGAAUUGCUGGAAAAGAUACCCAAUCUCGCUGCUCUUAUUGAAAGACCUCUCCGGGAAGCACUCGAAGGCGACCUACCAGCUAAUAUUGGGGAACCUGACAACGAACUUGGUCAGGAGGCUGUCGAUGGACUGUCAACGCUUAGAGCGCUUUUACCGAAAUUCCAUCCUGGUCUGCAUCCAUGGGUAAUUCAACUCAUGCCAGUCAUAGCGAAGUCACUGCAAUGCCAGCUCGCUGUCAUCCGAUACGCGGCUGCCAAGUGUUUUGCGACAAUCUGCAGUGUCAUCACUGUAGAAGGCAUGACCAUGUUAGUCGAGAAAGUGCUGCCUACUGUCAACAAUGCAUUGGAUGUGCAUCAUCGUCAAGGAGCUGUUGAAUGUGUUUACCACCUCAUUCAUGUCAUGGAGGAAAGAAUUUUACCAUAUGUCAUAUUCCUCAUCGUCCCGGUACUUGGUCGUAUGAGUGAUUCGGAUAACGAAGUUCGACUGCUAUCUACAACAUCUUUCGCGACCUUGGUCAAGCUUGUUCCUCUCGAAGCGGGAAUUCCUGACCCUCCAGGAUUGUCGGAAGAGCUAUUGAAAGGCCGUGACCGUGAAAGAAAGUUCAUGUCGCAGAUGUUGGAUCCGCGAAAGAUAGAGCCGUUCGAAAUUCCCGUUGCGAUCAAAGCCGAGCUUCGAUCAUACCAACAAGAAGGUGUCAACUGGUUAGCCUUCCUCAAUCGCUACCACUUACACGGAAUUCUGUGCGAUGACAUGGGUCUUGGAAAGACACUACAAACUCUAUGUAUUGUAGCGAGUGACCACCACAUGCGAGCAGAAGAAUAUGCUCGUACGCAAGCGCCAGAAGUCCGCAAGCUUCCUUCCUUGAUCGUCUGUCCACCUACCUUAUCAGGCCAUUGGCAACAAGAGAUCAAACAAUAUGCUCCUUUCCUCAAUUGUGUGGCAUACGUUGGUCCUCCAUCGCAACGGUCACAGCUUCGUGGCGAACUGGAAAAGGCUGAUAUCGUCAUUACAUCGUAUGAUAUCUGCAGAAAUGACACGCAGGUCUUUACACCCAUUAGCUGGAACUACUGUGUCCUGGAUGAAGGCCAUCUCAUCAAAAAUCCAAAGGCGAAAAUCACUUUGGCCGUGAAACAACUCAUUAGCAACCAUCGACUCAUUCUAUCCGGCACACCUAUCCAGAACAACGUCUUGGAACUCUGGUCAUUAUUCGACUUUCUAAUGCCGGGAUUCCUGGGUACAGAGAAGGUCUUUUUGGAUCGUUUCGCGAAACCUAUUGCCGCAAGUCGGUUUAGCAAGUCGUCAUCAAAGGAACAAGAGGCUGGUGCUCUAGCGAUCGAAGCUCUGCACAAGCAGGUCCUUCCAUUCCUGUUACGUCGCUUGAAGGAAGAGGUCCUGAAUGACUUGCCGCCCAAAAUCUUACAAAACUACUAUUGCGAUCCGAGUGAUCUGCAGCGAAAGCUAUUUGAGGACUUUUCCAAGAAAGAGCAAAAGGAUCUUCAAUCAAAGAUGGGUAGUACUGAAAAGUCUGCUAAAGAGCAUAUUUUCCAAGCUCUGCAAUACAUGCGUCGACUUUGCAAUUCUCCUGCCUUGGUCAUUAAAGAAGGCCACAAACAAUACGACGAUGUUCAGAGAUGGCUACAUGCAAAGAAUUCGCAUAUUCGAGAUAUCGCACAUGCGCCCAAAUUGACAGCUCUUCGGGAUUUGUUGGUUGAUUGUGGUAUCGGUGUUGAUCCUAACACCGAAGGUGAAUUAGACACCGGAGCAAGUUACGUCAGUCCUCAUCGUGCUCUUGUCUUUUGCCAAAUGAAAGAGAUGCUUGAUAUAGUCCAAGAAGAUGUAUUGAAAAAGAUGCUCCCUUCCGUUCAAUAUCUACGGUUGGAUGGAAGUGUUGAAGCCACAAAACGCCAGAAUAUCGUCAAUCAAUUCAAUACCGACCCCAGCUACGACGUGUUACUUCUCACCACGAGUGUGGGUGGAUUAGGCUUGAAUCUGACGGGUGCCGACACGGUUAUUUUCGUUGAACAUGACUGGAAUCCCCAAAAGGAUAUUCAAGCUAUGGAUCGCGCUCAUCGUAUCGGUCAAAAGAAGGUUGUUAACGUCUACCGGUUGAUCACGAGAGGCACAUUAGAAGAGAAGAUUUUGAGUCUCCAACGAUUCAAAAUCGACGUAGCAUCAACAGUAGUAAACCAACAGAACGCCGGCCUCAACACAAUGGACACAGAUCAACUCCUCGACCUCUUCAAUCUCGGGGAAACAGCCGAAGGCGCCGAAAAACCAACUCUAGAGGGAGGAGCAGGAUCCGGAGGUAAUGAAGUCGACAUGGUCGAUAUCGAUGGCGAAGUCAAAGAAAAAGGUAAAAAGGGCUGGUUGGAUGAUUUGGGUGAGUUGUGGGAUGAUCGUCAGUAUCAAGAAGAAUAUAAUUUGGAUUCUUUCUUGGCGAGUAUGAAAGGGUGAUUUGAUCAUUCUUCUCGAAUAUUGGGGUUAUAGAGGAAGAUGGAGUAGGGAGAUGAGAUUUGGGCUUUUUAGCAUGGAGUUUUGUGUUUUCUGUGCGAGGGGUUCUCUUUUUACCCUUCUCGUUUUUUUUUCCCCUUUGACUUUGGGUUGGAAAUGGGUUUGCAUGUUUUUUUUUUCUUCUUCUGAAGUCAUCGUCUAGAUGACCUGUGUUCAUGUAUUUUCAUUCAGUACCUACCUACCUUAUUCAUGAAUCAUUGGUCCAUUAAGCUCGAUAUCAUCUGCGAAGGUGAGUGCAACUGAAAGUGAGACACAUUUCCAUUAGAAUACUUCCUACAUACACGGAUUGCAUAGAAGAAGCAAAGCAUAGCAUAGCAUCAAGUCAUGAUAUGUACUUGCACAAGCUCACGAAACCACAGCGUCUAGUUGUAUGCUGCGUUCCGUCUUUUCAGGUUUCAAUUCUCCACCCCUUGUUGUAUCUCGUGAAAAACAAGAAAUUACAAGAAUAUCAAAAAUGUAAUCAGUCUGACAAACAAGACAUGACGAAUAAAAACUCGUAUUGUACAAGAAAAGAAAAAUUAAACCAAAUCAAACAUUUGUCCUCCCAGAUAAACGCCUUCAAAUAAAGAGGCCGAGCAAGAGUCAGUCUGUUCGAAACCCGAGUAACGCCGUGUCUCUUCAUCCCACGCUGAACGCCUAUAUAGUCGUGAUAAUGCAGGAUGGGGUUGUGAUGUGUCUGUGAGGCAAGAAUCGAGGAUGAGAUAGUCCAUCCAACUGUGUCUUGUCCAUGUUCAAGAACGAGACUUUGGUUUGGACAGCAUGUUCAAGCGACUCAAGCUGAGAACACUCUUCUUCGACGCAGUGCCUGGGGUAGCGCCUCGGCCGCGAUUUCCUGUCAUGCGCCCAGGAGUAAUGAUGGGGCGCUUCUUGAUUGGACUGGGGCUGACGGGAUUCAACUUCAUGGGGCUGGCUUUCAGACGUUUGGCAUUACGUUCAUCAUCAGCAGGUGGGAUGUUCUCAGUGUCUUCGUCAUCGCUCACGUCUGCACGCUGGCGUUUCUUGUUAACAAUGCCAUGGGGCACUGCAACGAGACAAAUCGACGGGCUCUUUGCCUUCAGAGGUGAUAUCGGAGCCUUUAACAUUGCAUCAGUUGACUUGAUAUCUGGUUUCUUGCUGUGCUCCUCACGCCCACGCUUCUCGUUCGGUAUUCCAUGUGGCACUGUCGGCAUUUUAGGGAAAGGACUGGCCGUGGGAUGAGUUGAGAAAGUCGGGUUAAAGGUUGGUGAGGAGAGAGUUACAGUCUGUUCUUUCUCGUGAUCAUGCUUACGUUCCUUAUUCGGAAUACCAUGAGGUAUAGCGGGUAUCUUCGGAAGAGGACUCGCAGGUUGGGCAGCUGUGAUUGAUUCCCGAACACGUCGAAUCGUGGGAGUAUCAAUGACUUCUUUGUCGGGUGUCAUUCUUAGUGGGAGAGUCGGGUACAUAAUAUCAGACGUAGAUGCAACGGGAGCAUCAGACGCGGGCCCUAUUGCUGUUGGUGUUUCGAGAAUCGAUUCACGGGGAGAUUUCGUACUUGAUGUGAAUUCAACAUGCUUCUUGGGAGAAGGGGUCUGGUCAACGCUGCCAAAAGUUGCCGUGGGGAGACCUUUCAAGUCGAUGUCGGGACUGAAAUUUGGAGCUGUGAUGUGUGUUCCUGCAGCGAUCUUUGCAGGGUCAGUUGAAAACAAUGGCUGACGGCGUCUCAGAAUCGACUUUAGGUUUCCAAGACUUGGAAGUGAUUUCUUGAGUCUGGGAUUGAACUCAGUCUUGGGUGUCUGGGGUACAGCUGGGCGUGAUGGAGAGCCAGCCAGAGAAGGGAUCAUGGAGGUCUUCGAAGGCCGUGCCGACGCGAAACGGGCAGUAGAAGACUUUGUGGGUGUCAUUAAAGAGCUACUACGGAACAUAGAUGUGCCGGGCUGUGGAAUACCCGUCUUCCGCUGGGUACCAAUAUUCGCAAGCGGCCGAGUGGUGGAAGUCGUCUGAAUCUCGGCGCGUUUCACACGUUUAGCAGCAAUGCCAGGAGACUUUGAAGGUGCAGGUUUCGCCUCAGGUUCGUCAAGUUUCGCCUUCGAGCUCUUUCGUUUCAAUGACUGGGUGGCAGGAGUGAAACGACCCGGCUGUGCUCUAAAAGCAGAGGGAUGUCCUGCAAUAGAGUCCAUCUUUUUGAAUUCAGCCAUAUGAACGUCGCUGAAACGUCCAGCCUUGCCCUUGGGCUUGAUGAUCUUUCUAUUUCCUAGCGGCUGCUCUGCGGCUUCUGCGUUUCGCUGUUGUUCACCCCGCUCGAGUAUCAUCUGUGCCUUAAUUCUAGCGACAUCCUCACGAACACUUGCCAUCAACUUUCUUGCUUCUUCGCUGAGUUGAGCGUCGUCGCUUGAAAAUUUGAAGCCAAAUUUGGAUGGAGUGCCAAGAUUACUUGGAGGAGAC